AUGGCACACCCUCCAAUAAUACUAUUCACAUACGAGUCAUCCGUCUUUGGGCGGAAGAUGGAUUGGUACUUCACGCUCAGCGGUCUGAAAUACAACCACUGCAUCACGCUCAACCGACUACCACGACCCGUCCUCGAGAAGCUCGGGGUUAAGUAUCGACGGAUACCCAUCCUGGCGAUCGGUCGGGACAUCUACUGUGACACUCGGCUGAUAAUCAAUAAGUUGGAGGAAUUGUUCCCCGAGAACAGGAUCAGCUCACGAAACCCAUUUGAGAAGGGUCUGCAACACGUAUUCGAGACCUGGUUGAUCGACGGAGGACCUUUCUGGAGAACGGCGGGGCUUAUCCCUCCGGACUCGGACAUCAUGAAGGACGAAGAGUGGUGUAAGGACAGACUGGAGAUGACGGGGAACAACUUCAACGCCGAGACGAUCAGGAAGGGUCGGCCGGAGAGUGUUGCUCAUGUACGCACGUACUUCAACAUAAUGGAAAGGGAGCUACUCGCCGAUGGGAGGCACUUCCUCCUGAAUGGUCCGAACCCGACAUUGUUGGACAUACAUGGGAUAUGGACAUUUCACUGGGCGACUAGCAGAGGUUUGGCCUUGCGGGAAGCAUUGGACAAGGAAGGUACUAUUGAUGAGAAUCAGUUCCCAAGGACUUUUGCAUAUGUCGAUCGGUUUGCAGACGCCUUGACCAAGAAACAACUAAAGAACGGCAAGCCCCAGAAACUUUCGGAUAAGGAAACAAUCAAGACAAUUCUCGAAGCGGAUUUCUUCGAGGCAGAGAGUGAUGUCGACGAACGAGAUCCAUUGAACUUGAAGAAAGGCCAGCUGGUAGAGAUAUGGCCUGUGGAGUCUGGAUUCAAUCAUCAUGACAAAGGUGAAUUGAUCUCAAUCAGUGUAAAUGAAGUGGUGAUUGCAAGCAAACCCGAAGUUGGCGAUGGACUGUUGAGAAUUCACUACCCUCGGACAAAUAUUCGCAUCAGUCCUGUCAGCGGAUUAAAGCUAUAG